UGACAAGACAAAGAAUUAUGCAAAUGUAAAUUUAAGACUUUUUUUAUUAUUAAAUUAAUAUUUAUUUAAAUAAUUAAAUGAAGUUUGUAACUCAAAGUAUGGGAAUAUGUUGAUAUAUAUUUUUCAAUUUGAUCUCACGGAUAACGGUAUACUUUGUACUGAAGUGUCUAAUAAAAUAAACUAAGAUUUUGUUGGGAUGCUUGGCACUGGAAGAUAGGUGUGUCGGUCAGUUGGUCAGCGAAGCCCAUAGCCGGUUUGGGGCGAUACGCGCUUCAAUCAACAGUGUUAGUUACUUUGCUCGGGCCUCGGCGUCAGCCAGUUGCGCCGUGUAGUUUGGAAGCCGAAGUACAUAUUUGUCUCGUCUUACGGUGAAAGUUAGCCAAUGGUACAGUUGCGUGAGGUUCCGUUAAGAAAUGUCUGAUUAUACCCUGAAUAAAUUAAUUUGGAAUAGCAUAGAAUUGUAGUAUUCUGUUUCGAUUGAAUAGGCUAUCUCAAAUUCAAUUUUCGUAUACGACUUAAACAUAAGUGAAAAUGGCAUUACAAAUGGAACAGAAGAAUGAUAUUAACUUUAUCCUCAAAAGUUUAUUAGCUGGAGGUGUUGCGGGCAUGUGUGCGAAGACCACAGUGGCUCCACUGGACCGCAUCAAGAUCCUCCUGCAGGCGCAGUCGGUGCACUACAAACACCACGGCGUGGUGGGGGGCCUCGCCGCCAUUGUCCGCAAGGAGUCCUUCCUCGCCCUCUACAAAGGCAAUGGCGCUCAGAUGGUCCGGAUAUUCCCGUAUGCAGCCACUCAGUUUACCAGCUUUGAGAUUUAUAAAAAAUAUCUAAACCGCGUCCACGUGCCUAUAGUCCAACAUGGUGAUAAAUUCAUGGCGGGCGCGGCGGCAGGCGUCACCGCGGUGACUCUGACAUACCCGCUCGACACGAUCCGUGCACGACUCGCGUUCCAAGUGCACGGAGAGCAUAAGUACACGGGUAUCGUGCACGCAGCCCUCACUAUGUUCCGCACGGAAGGCGGCAUCCGCGCCCUCUACCGCGGCUUCGUGCCCACCAUGGUGGGUAUGGUCCCCUACGCGGGGUUCAGCUUCUACUGCUUCGAGUCGCUCAAGUAUGUCUGCAUGAAGUACCUGCCCACCACGCUCUGUCGCAAGUGUGAGCGGAAUACUGGCGGGCUGGUGCUGACGGUGCCGGGCAAGCUGGUGUGCGGCGGGCUGGCGGGGGCCGUGGCGCAGUCGGUGUCGUACCCGCUGGACGUCACGCGCCGCCGCAUGCAGCUCGCCUGCGCCGACCCCCACACUGCCAAGUUUGGGGUUGGCAUGGUUAAGACCCUAUCUCUGAUAUACCGUGAGAACGGCGUGACUAAAGGUUUGUACAGAGGCAUGAGCAUCAACUACAUCCGUGCCAUCCCUAUGGUAGCCACCUCCUUCUCCACCUACGAGCUGAUGAAGCAACUUCUCCAUCUCGACACCGGCAUGAAAGUCUCGUAAUAAAUGUUCAUCAAGUUUGUAACGGCAAAAUUAGUUUU